AUGUUUUCCCGCAGCGCUUAUCGUCUUUUUUCAAGAAAUGCGUUUAAACAGGGUGGUAAAUGUUUUCAAUCUAACUUACACUCUUCUUCUUCUUCAAAAGCACCCUUUUACCAACGCCAUUGGAAACUUUUGAGCUUGAUUAGCAGUUUCUCCGCUGGUUGGGUCAUUUACGACAUUUCUGAUGUCCGAAGCUUUAUCCACGGUCGCAUUGAAAUGCCACUGUUCCAUGCUUUUACUUCGCCAGAAUUUUCUCACAGCGUAGCUGUCAUGGCUGCUUCUUGGGGCAUUACUCCUCGUGACUUUACUCCCGACGACCAAGCUUUAGCUGUGGAACUUUGGGGAAAAAAGUUCUCUAAUCCAGUUGGUUUAGCUGCUGGUUUUGAUAAACAGGCUGAUGCUAUUUCCGGCUUAUUGAAUUUUGGUUUUUCAUAUCUCGAAGUCGGUUCAGUCACCCCUUUGCCUCAACCUGGUAAUCCCAAACCCAGGUACUUUCGCUUAAACCCCGAUUUGGCCGUGGUCAACCGCUAUGGUUUCAACUCUGAAGGUCAUGAAGUCAUUCUUGAAAAGGUACAGAAGCGUAUUCGUAAGCAUAUUUCCAAAAACAAGCCUGAACUUUUGAAAUCCUUUGACGAAAACCCUGCUGCUUACACGGAUCCCUCUGUUCUUGGUGUCCCACGUAGUUUGCUUUCCAACAAGUACUUGGGUAUUAACUUGGGAAAGAAUAAGAACGGAAAUGAGGUGGAAGACUACGUUAGCGGUGUCCGCAAUUUUGGCAACUAUGCCGAUGUUUUGGUCAUUAACGUUUCUUCUCCCAACACCCCCGGUCUCCGUAGUCUCCAAAGAAAGUCUGCCCUGACCGAGCUUUUGUCCGCUGCCGUUACUGAACGCAAUAAGUUGAACGCUCCUAAUCCUCCUCUUGUUGUUAAGAUUGCUCCCGAUUUGUCCGAAACCGAGCUUGCUGACAUCGCUUCUGUGCUGAAGAAAUGCAAGGUUGACGGUGUCAUUGUCGGCAAUACUACUAUCCAACGCCCUAACACCUUAAAAUCCACGAAGCAUGUUGAGGAGACUGGUGGUUUGUCUGGUCCUCCUUUAAAACCAAUUACUUUGAACACCCUCCGCACUUUGCGUAAACACUUAUCUUCCAACAUCCCUAUUAUCGGAUGUGGUGGUAUAUCUAGUGGUAAAGAUGCCAUUGAAUAUGCUCGUGCUGGUGCUUCUAUGGUUCAAGUGUACACUGCACUUGGCUACGACGGACCCGUUGUCGCCCAUAAGAUCAAGCAAGAGAUUCUUGCGGAAUUGAAUGGAAAGCGUUGGGUUGAUAUUAUUGGUAAGGAGGAAUAA